CUUGUGAUCUCUCUUGAUAAGACAGGCAAGUACUUCAUAAAUUUAUAAUACUUAAUUAAUGUAUGGUUGAGAAAAAUUUAAUAUUCUGUUUAUGAAGACUUGAAUUGGGAGUUCGGCCUUUGACGAGUUUACUGUAUAUCUGUAUAUACCAAAAAAUAGGAUGAUAUAUGAACUAAAAAUAAGCUGACAUUGAAAGGAACACGAUAUGGCCUUUUUCAUGCAUUUGAGUCGAGAAGAAUAUUCAGAAUUUGUUUGUGGUUGUGGAGCUGCUAUUAUUAAUGUCGGCAUUACCUUCCCAAUUAAUAAAAUCAUAUUCAGACAGAUGCUACAUGGAGUAGGCCUAAGGAAUGCAGCUUCUCAACUUAUGAAUGAAGGGUUUUCUACUCUUUAUCGAGGGAUUUACCCACCGUUAUUUCAGAAGACAAUCUCUACAUCAUUAAUGUUUGGCACUUAUGACGCAAUUCAAAAACCACUUUUGGAAUCUAAUUUAAACUCCAGAUUAGCAAAAAUCAUUGCAGCAUUGGUAGCUGGUACAGCAGAAGCCACGUUAACACCAUUUGAACGUGUACAAACAUUACUUCAGGACAACCACUAUAAUAAAAAUUUUAUAAAUAUGCGCCAUGCAAUAAAAGUUAUUGCUACUGAAUAUUCAGUGUCUGAAUUUUACCGUGGUCUUACACCAAUUUUGUUGCGCAAUGGGCCUUCUAAUAUUUCAUUUUUCUUAUUGCGCGAAGCUGCCAAUUCAUACAUUGUGAUACCCUCUACUGCAUGGACAGGCUAUAAACUAUUUAAAGAGUUUCUGACCGGAGCAUUUAUUGGUGCUUUAAAUAGUGCUCUAUUUUAUCCAUGUAAUGUACUUAAAGUGCACAUGCAAAGCAACUUGGGUGGUCCAUUUAAAAGUAUUAAAGAAGCAGCAACUGAAAUUUAUCAAGAACGUGGAAAUAGAGUAUCAUAUUUUUAUCGAGGAGUGCACAUGAACUAUACAAGGUCAUUUAUUAGUUGGGGCGUGGUUAAUGUUGCUUAUGAAAAUUUAAAGCAUAUUUUGAAAAAUAAUUAAAUGACAUGUAAUAUUAGAUCAUUAUUUUUGCUUCUUCAAAAUAUUUGAUUUACCUAAUUUAAUUUGUGUUUUUUGUUGUUUAAUAUUUAUUACUCUGAAUUGCUUAAUAAAUACUGUUAUUAUAGUUACAA